GCGCGAACGUCGGAAAACAAAUAACAGCUGACUUUAUCAAUCAUCGUGCGGUGAAAAAGACAACUCCUAGACGCGUUGAAGUGAAUUUUUUCUGAUUACAUUUUUUGUAUUUUGUGGUGUGGAAAUUUAAUUAACUAUUUAUUUAAAGCUUAAAAUUACGCAUACUCUGCAACAUAACGCCAGAGCUUGUUUGCAUUAAGCAGGUUAUGGAUCAGGUUGCUCACGUACAAGCGUGUCGCCUAUGUGCAAAUUUCUAUGUGACCGGCGCCGAGGUUGAAUUUGUGCACCUUUUUGAGCCCCUAGCUGGACUUGAGGAGCAAUUGGAUUUUGUGCGAACGCAAUCGGUGGCGUGGCAAUUACACAUUUCAGCCAACGAUGGUUUACCACAGCAAAUUUGUGCCAAUUGCUUUGCACAAUUCUGCAACAUUCACUCAUUCCGGCAGCAAUGCGUAUUGGCACAGCAAAAGUUGCUGCAAUCAUUUGUGGGCGUUGGUUUAAAUGCAAAUGUUGCAACUGUGGCAGGCGGCAGCAAACAAGCGUCAUCGCUGUCGCCACAGUCGCAAACUAGCGCAGCUUUGACAAAUGGCAACGAUAUGCUAAGCGGACUGAAGAUUGAUGCGCCAGUAACAAGCGCCGAAUUAAUGGCAAGUUUAGAUUGCCUACAACCGCCAACAACCAGUGCUGAUGUCAUAGCCUGCUUGGAUGGGCUGCAAUUGCCUGCUAGUGUAGCAGAAACGCUAUCAUUGCUGACACAAGAGUUGACUACAAUGCACAAUGGCUCUUUGCUGGACAACAGCGCUAAUUCGAUCACCACAUACGCCACCAUGGACACAAAAACGGAAGAGACAAAUGUACUACAGUUUUCGGCAGCAUCAACAGCACAAAAUAUCUACUAUGCACAGCAGGCACCCAUUACGACAGUAACGGCGGCCACAAAUACACCAGUAACUUUAAUAACAAAUGCGAGCGCGAAGUGUUUGGGUAGCACAUUGAAGAACGCAAAGCCAGAUAUUGAUUUGGAAGAUAUGCUACAAGGCAGCAUAAUACCGAAAAAUAACAAGUCGAAUAGCGUGCAGACAGAAAUUUAUGACGAGGUGAGAGAAGAAACACAUAUGGUUCAAGAAGAAGAACAGAUGGUUCAAGAAGAAGCACAGAUGGUUCAAGGAGAAGCACAAAUGGUUCAAGAAGAAAAAGAGAAACCAUUUUCUACCUAUGAGGAUAUGAUGGACGAUGAACUGGACUACCUUUCAUGCUCCGAACAAGAAGAAUCCAACGAAAUGGAUGACGUCGAAACGGAGGCAGAUGGUACUUCACCCACGCGCAUCUCACGCGAUCCAUUUGCCUGCCAAUAUUGCUACUGUCCGAAUUCCGGUUCUAUUGAUCACUUGGUGUUUGAGAGUGCCGAUGCACUCUCCCAGCAUUUCUUUGACGUGCACGACCCCAAUCUGCCUUACACGUGUCCGUACUGCCCACAGAAAUACAAUUCCGCUAAGCAACGCGACUACCAUGUACGCCUCAUGCACCCCACCGUAUCCAGGGCUGACCAAUGUGAAUACUGCAAAAAGACCCUGCGCAGUACAAAGGAAUGUCAUGAGAUGCAUUGUCAAUAUGUGGGCGAUUGGCGUUGUGAUACGUGCGAACAAUGCUUCUACCAGUUUCCAUUAAAUCGUUUCCGUGCACAUCAACGACAUCACCUUAACAAAAAAAAGUUAAGAUGCCGGGAAUGCGGACGCAUAUUUGUACGCCGCGCUAAUUUGGAGGCCCAUGAACGCCUGCAUCGCCCGCGUGCAAACUUCAAAAUUGAAUGUCAUGAAUGCCAAGAAGUAUUUUCAAAUGAUUACGAACUACGUCGCCAUAAAUAUCAGGCACACAAUGGAGCGCUGCCAGUGCGUUGCGAAUACUGUCACAAAGGUUUCGUAAGUAUGGCCUUUCUCAGUCGACACAGACAACAUUUCCAUCCGGAAAAGACAGGGAGCAAUAGUUUGGGUAGCGCCACCUGCACCAACUGCGGCUGCGUGUUUAGUUCACUACAAAAACUGCGUUUACACGCCCAGCAGCCGCGUGAUGAAAAAGGCCAUUGUAUCGAAACGAUGCGUCAGGUUAUUCCGUACCAAGAGCGUACGCGUCAAUUGCGACGACCGAGAUUGUACUCUUGUGAGCACUGUAAUAAACGUUUUUCAACACAGGCUACACUUGAUAAGCAUAUGGGCACACAUGGGACUGUCACGUUCGGCUGCAGUGAGUGCUCGAUGCGUUUUCAAGAUGCAAACGAGUUGAAACGGCACAUUAUGGAGAUGCACGCCAAGCCACGGUAUCUAAAGUGCGAUUUGUGCGAAAAACGUUUUUGCUAUAUGCGCGAAUUGCAGCAGCACCAGAAAGAGCAUGCUGGCGAUGGAGAAGUACCCGAUGAUAGCUUUCACUGCCCCAUUCGCAAUUGCGGCGCCAGGGCAUCGUCCAUUAAAGAGGCUCACGAUCACGCAUAUCUCAAUCAUAAGUUGAUCGCCUGUGAUUAUUGUGAUUGUCUCUUCGGUCGCAAUCGUUUGACAACUCAUCUACGUACAGUGCAUGCUACUGGAAAUAUCGCAGAAGAGCCGAACAAUAACAAUAAUAAUAGUAACGCAAUGACUUUCUCGAAUGCACAAGUAGCAUCACGGCAGACGGAGGACUCUUUGGCGGUAGCGAGCAUACUUGGCACCGACAACGUACAAUUGAAUAACAAUGACUUAAUGGUUUCCUUCGAAGAUGGGGCCAUCAAUGGCGGGGAAAAGGUGCGCGUGGAGCUGGUGCAGCAACAAACGCCCAUUAUGACUAAUUUGGUGUUGCAGGAGCAAGUGUCCAACACAUAUAAACCACUCAUUCCAACCGCAGAUGAAAUGGAGCAGAAUUUCCUAAUGGGUGCUUUGCUCGAUCAGGAUAAUGAAAUCAUAGUCACAUGAUAGACUGGAGGCGGGCAUAGUUUAAUUUUUUGUCUAACUUAACCUAUUUUUUUAUAUUUAUGCAUAUGUAAUGUUUUUAAUUCAAAUGCUUUUAUGUAAAUAUGGUAAGCUGUAAAUUUUUACAAAAAGAUUUAUUUUUAAUAUACUCUGGUUUAAACUGUGACCGUAAAGUGAAAAUCUCAUAAAAAUCAAAACAAAAAAAUGUUUGAUUUGCGACAAUUGGCUACUUUUAAGAAAUUAUUUUCUUAAUUUUCUUAAGAAUUUAUAGUAUGUACUAAAAAUUUUGUACCGUAAGACAACAGUUGAAUUAAAAAUCCUAUUUGAAUUGUAACGAACUGUAGAUCACGUAUUUUAAUUGUAAAAGCCGCUUAUGAAAAAUAAUAAAAAAAAAAAUUACAAAUAAUAGUAUCAGCGGCAAGAGGCAAGGGGAACGGAAUUUUAGUUAAUAGUGCUUGUUGUUUAAAUAAGCUAUUAAAACAGAUUGCUCAUAUCAUUUGGAGCGAAAAAACUGGAAUAAGUAAAAAAAUCAUUUUCGAUAAUCAUAAUAAACUUUUUGUGCAUUGCAAGAGGGCCUGUAUGGAAAAUUAUGAGUAAAUUAGCGGUAGGCACAAGAAAUCUUCAGAAAGAUAUAGAAAUACCUACAUAUUAUAACAAACUUCGAAUAUAAAAAAUUCACUUUUCUAUUGCAAAAACUUACGCUAAAUAACUAUAAUGUUUCAAAAUAGUAAUACAUCAGUUUCAAAUGGAAGAAUUUGUUCGAAAAUUCGAACUUGAUUCGAAAGUCACGUUUGGGAUGUCUUACGUAGAAAAACUAAAAUCGGAAAUUAUUUACUUCAAAACUCACAACCAAAAGUAAUGUUCGAAAAUUCGAACUUGUUUCGAAAAUCAGACUUAAGGGGUCCUACAUAGGAAAAAUGUAAACUGAAAAAAUCAUAACAGAAGUUAUUUGUUCGAAAAUCCGAACUUAAUUCCAAAAUCAGGUCUAAGGCAGACUACUUACGAAUAUUUAAUUUAAUUGUCUCGAAAAAAUAGCAUUUUGUAAAAAAUCGUACGAUUUGAAAUCUACCCGAUUCGCAAAAUAAUUCUGAAUAGUUUUAAUGCAAAUAUUUGAAACUAAAGCUGCUAAGAACUCGGCCAAACACUUAGCAAAAAUGUCAGCGCCAAAAUAUUAUUAUUAUUAAGAACUCCUCAGUUACGUCAUAUUUAUCUAUUUAAUGCCAAAUUUUUGUGUAUUGUGUAAAAGUUGAAAUUCGUAAAUCAUACCGUUUUCAAAUCGGACUAAUUUCAGAACAUUUCUAAUAGAUCUAAUUUAAAAUAUGUAUCUAAAUGAAAAAUGCUUGAAUUUCGAAGUGACGUAUGCCAACACUUUUAGUCACGAAUUUCAUUGAAUAUUAAAAAAUAAAUAUUUAGUCAUUUGAAAAAGCUGCCAAAUGUUCAAAUUUUCGAACAUGUUGUUCGAAAUCGAUUCGAAAAUUGCAGAAUAAUUAAAGACAUGUGAAAGGCAAUGUAAAAUUAAAAAAUAAUGGUUUAUACCUAUUGUGCACAAAUCCAACUUCGAACAUUUCGAAUUUGUAAUUUUUGCAUAAAUUUCGAUUUUCUAAAGAGCGUCCCCAAGUAUUCUAGUGAAAUAUGCAUAAGAAAAAUGUCAGCGAAAAUUUGAAAAGUCUUAAAAAUUUUAUUUUUAGCAUAGCAUAUUUUGUUUAAGUAAAUUGCUUACUUUGUUGACAGCUGCCAAGCGCUCACAACAGCAAAAGUAAACAUUAAUUUUGUUGAAGCCAUUGCUCAGAAUCAAAUAUUUUUUAAACUGAAUUUUUUAAUUAUACAUAAUCAGCCUUAUCAGCGGAAAUUUUCGGUUGAAUUUUUUUCGGGCGAAACUCAGUAUACGGCAGAAUAUGUAAAUACAUUUUUUAAAUUGGCAACACCUAACUUAAGGGUACUCUUUUAAGCUGGUAAAUACCCCGAAAACCUUGAAGGCCUUGAAAAUUUUACUAAAGCGGUAAAAUUUCUAUUAAAGACUUUCGAGCUUCAAGUCAGCUUACUAGAAAAAGCA